UCUUGCAACCAGGAGGGAGAGAUAGGGCUGGCGUAGGCACUGACUGGAAGUGAGGCCGCGGUUCAAACCGUUUCGAGUCACUGGCUUGGACACUGUUCUCUCAAUGACGUAUAAACAUAACUGACUUCGUCCAUUAUUUUCCAUCAUAGGAACAUGGAUUGACAAUAUUACUGAGAGCGGUGACGUGAUAAUUAAUUUAACCAAAAACGUGAGAAUUUAUUAAUGAAAAGAAGAAGAUAAUCGUGAUUGUUGGAGUGAUAACGGGAACGUUUGUAUUGUUGAAGUGCUAAUGAAAGAGUGGUAAUACGUGUUAAAAUAAAUUCCAAGUGGAAGGUAUGAAGAACUGAGGGGAUGUGAAGCGAGUGGAGUGAAGGGUUCAUGUAGAGUGAGAAGGUCUAACAGCUUGAGCGACGGCAAAUUGUUGCUGAAAAUAUUCUAUAUGACACUUGUGAAUGGUGAAAAUUCGAGUGCAAGCCCGGAAAUCGGAGUUAGUAUGUGCACAACAGAGAUGACCGAGGGCUUCACAAUGUCACCAUCAACAGCAUCAUCGAGUGGAGCUAAUUCGGGCUGUAUUGGAUCGCCAGGUAACCGUAUAACAUCAUCGAGAAGUUCACUAGGUAGGGCAAGAGAGCCACGUGAUGAUGAUGAUGAGGAUGAGAUAUCGGUUGGCUGUCCUAGCCCUUUGCCCCUCGUUGUUGGUGCAACGCCGCAGGACGAUGAUGAUGAGAGACUGAGUUCAUCCAGGGAGGAGUACAGCGAAAGACUGAGCCCAAGGAGUUACAUUGACGAUGACGAGAGGUACUCCAGAGACGGUGAAUACAAUUUGAGUAGACGAAGAAGUAGAACAACGAGUAGAAGUGAAGUAACGAGUCUAGGAGUUAGAGAGACUGAGGAAGCCGAUGAUGAGGAGAGAUCGGGUAAUGGUGCUGAUGAUUAUUUCAAACCAUUGAAGAGACUGAAGAUGGUGCCGAUACAACAGUCCGAUGAGGAAGACGAACGAGAUCGUGAGGCUAGUGAACGGGGUGUCAAAUCAUUUAGUAUCAUUGACAUCUUGUCUCAUCGACCGAAAGCUAAAAUAGUGAGACCCUGGGACACCGUUGAAUCUAAUCAUCAUCACAGACAUCAUCCCCAACUACAUCACACUUCACCUCAUUCCACACCUAGGGAUUUGUCACUCAUGGGUAUGUCGUUGGCUUCGAUGUCUGGAUCAAUGAGUGAACCACCACUGAGCAGUUCUUCAUCGUCAGGAAGGAGUUCAGUGUCUGAUUCGGGUAGUCCCGAUCCCCUAGCCCAUCAUCAUCAUCAUCAUCACCAUCAUUCCCUCCAUCAUGGAUUACAUCCUGGGCUUCAUCAUACGGCGAUGCAGCAGCAUUUCAAGAGAAAGUCCGGACAACAGCAUGGCAAUCAGGGGGGACACAGUGGUAAAAGAAGUACUGGACAGGGAAGCCCAUUGGAUGCACUCUUCCAAAUGACCAGCAAGACGUUCGAUGCUGGCGAGCACAGUCAAGAACAAGCGAAUCACCUGAACCUGUUCAACAAUCGACAACAACCGAAGAAGAAGCGCAAGAGUAGAACAGCAUUUACGAAUCAGCAAAUUUUCGAGCUGGAGAAGAGAUUUUUGUACCAGAAAUAUCUGAGCCCCGCGGAUAGGGAUGAAAUAGCCGCACAAUUGGGCUUAAGUAAUGCCCAAGUGAUAACGUGGUUCCAAAAUAGAAGGGCCAAAUUGAAAAGAGACAUGGAGGAACUGAAAAAGGACGUACAGACUGUCAAUCCAAUGAUGGUAGCACAACAUCACAAAACAUUUUUGGAAAAUGUUCAGGAUCUUGGAAUACUGAAGAAACGCCCAUUGCCGAGUUCCAUAGAUGAAAAAUCUUAAAAAUUAUUUGAAAGUGAUUAUUAAAAUUAAUUAUGAGACAAUGACGUCUCACUUCUGCCAGUAAAAACUGCAUCGGGCGUGAUGAUUAUCAUAUUGUGAAUACAUAACAAAGAUUAACUUCAAGUCUGCACAGUCGGCUGCGCCGUUGCAACGAGACAUUAAUGUAAAAAAUUUUUAAUUAUGUAUUAUAAUGUAAUUUAUUAAAAAAAAACGAAGACAACUUCAAAUCAAUAAUUAACUUAUUAGCAAUUUUACUGUUGAAAAUCGUAAAUUAUAAAAACCCUGAUGUUCACCGAAAGAAUUGUUUUUUUGAGUGUGAAUCAAAAUCAAGUGUACAUAUUCUGUAAAUAAUUAAUGUAUCGAAGAUAACGAAAAAAAAAGUGAAAACAAAAAAAAGUAUUUCAUUAGUCAGAUUUUCUGAUAAUUAUGUAACGUAUUAAUGCAAUUCAUUCGUAAUAUACGAUUUGAUUGAAGAAUUAUAAAAGAAUAGAUGGGACACUGCGCAAUAUAUCCUGAUAAUCGUCAGUUUCAAUUAGAUGCUUUUUUGUCAAAUCUUUUUCAAAGAUAAAGAAAAAACUUUAUGAAAGACAAAAUAAACUGGCUUGUAAUUUUCUUUUUCUUGAAAAAACCACAAAAACAAAUAAAAGAAAACCAAGUUAUAAAAUAUGUACAACAAUUCCGAGAAGAAAUAAAUGAAGAUACGGUAAAUUAUAAA